AUGUUUCGACGACUUCCGCUCUCCAUCGAGGCUGUUGGCGCCGUGCGCACCAUCGUUGUGUUCAGUCAACAACAUCACAUCCUCGAGAGCAAUCAGAAGGCCCGCAGCAGUCCAAGUAAUGUCUGGAUUGAGGACUGGGAGGUGGAGAAUCAUGGAUUGCAGCCUGAGCCCGGUGCUGUCCCUACGCAGUUGCUGCUGGACAAGCCACUGGAGCUUUUUAAUUUCGACCAACUCCUCUCCCCACCGGAGGUGAUGGAGGCGCCAAGACACAGCAGCUACAGCUCGCGAAAGAUGUACGGUGAGAAGCUGCAGUUUGAGCUCAAUGACCGUGCGCAGAAGCACGGCUUCCAGAGCAAAUGGUGGCUCACGAGGGCGCAGGCGAUUAAGAACUCCCUUACUUUUAAGGGAGGCGCGCGUAGUUCCAUCAUCCUUACAAAAAGUUCGCUUAAACUGUUUCACUCCAGCCAACUGAUUGGUGGAGAGGCUCUGAUGACACACCCAGUCUCUGGCGGAUCGAGGAAGUUGUACAGCAAGAAGGGCGAAGCUUUUCAAAUUCUUUCGGAUUAUAUCCGUCAGAAUAAGUUCAACAGUGGUCUUUACUUUACAAAUCGCCAGCUGGAAUUUUUUAAGCUUGCCGUGCAGCCAAGCCAGACACCGGUGUCACUAGACGUCACAUCAGGGGAUCGGUAUCUAAUCUAUAACGUGGAGCAGCUUGAAGAUCCGGAGCUGGCGCUCAAGACGCUGGAUCGUUCCCCCGUUAAUAUUCCAACGUUUCUUCUUUCUGGGGAACCCAUUCAAAAUGAGAGUUUGAAGAAGCUUCCAAAGUUCAAGAGCAAUUACUGGCUGAGCGGUCGCGAUGCGGAGUUAUAUCAGUGGCCCAUCAGGGAGAACGAGAAGAAGAAGGGAGUACCACUGAAAAAUGAGGGCAGUGCUUCGCUUCAGGUUGAGCUGUAUAAUGUGGAGCAGCUUAGCAACCCAGAAGAGGCUUUUGCCAAGGCCGGUCUCUUUGUCCAGUAA